UCCCCAGGCUCACGCGUCUUCCCCGGUCGCCAUCUUGGAUUCUGCAACAUUCAAACUAGACAUGUUCUCGUAUUGAUUAAAUUUUCAGAACAUUGCAAACAGCUUGCCUCAGAAGAUUGGCUUUGGGUUGUGGAAGGGGAAAAUGACUUACCAGCCAGGCGAUCUCAUCUGGGCUAAGAUGAGAGGUUACCCUCACUGGCCGGCAAGGAUUGAUCUCGCGGCCAAAGAUGAAGUUAUUCCCGCAAAAAAGUAUCCAAUAUUCUUCUACGGGACACAUGAAACGGCGGUGAUGCUUCCCAAGGAUCUUUUUCCUUAUGAGAAACACAAGCACAAAUUUGCUAAACCUUGCAAAAGGAAAGGAUUUAUGGAAGCCCUGGAAGAGAUAGUUAAAAAUCCAAAGAUUAAGUAUGGUAUGCGAGGUAUUCAGGUAGAGGAGGUUGAUGAGGAAGACGAAGAAGAAUCUGAGAAUUCAGAAAGCGAGGAAGAGGAGGAGAAAGAUGAGGAGAAAGAAGAGAAGCCAGCCACUGGGCAAAGAAAAAGAAAAACAAGUACCCAAAAACAAGCCCUAACUAGGAAGAAGUCGAAACAGUCUGACUCUGAAGACGAAGAUGAGAAGAAAUCAGAGUCAGACGAGCCUGUGGAGACCGAGUCAGAGGAAGAAUCAUCGGCAGAAGAAGAGGAGGAUGAGUAUAAACCAGAACCAAAGACAAAAAGAACUAAAGCAUCAGACAAGAAAACAAACUCCUUCAAAAAGACAGCUGGUCGACCUGGAAGACGGAAGUCUGCUAAAGUCAUCAGCAGUGACAGUGAUGGUGAUGAUGACCAUGAUGGCAAUGGGGAGCAAAGCAAGUCAGGCAGUGAAAGUGAUGAUGAUGAAGAAGAAGAAGAAGAAAACGAAGAAAAAAAGCUUACUCAGAAAAAGAAAGGCAAAACACCAGAGCAAAAGAAAACCCCAGGUACUAAAAAAGCAGCAUCAAAGCAAAGGCAGCCAACAGAUGAGAAGCGGAAAGAUGGACAAGAAAAAGUAGAAGAAGAAAAAGGUGAGGUUGAAGAUGCACAGACAACUGAGGAAGAAGAAAAACAGAAAGAAGAAGCAGAACGAAAAAAACAAGAAAAACUGGAAAAAUUAGCUAAAAAGAAAGAGGAACUGAAAGAGAGAAAAAGACAAGAGAAACUUGAACAAAAAGCCAAGAAGAAGGAGAAAGAACGACAAGAAAGGGAAAAAGAGAAAGAGAGGGAAAAGGAACGAAUUCAACAAGAAAAGGAGAAACAGAAAGAAAGGCGAGAAAAGGAAAAGCAGAAGCACCAAGAAAAGAAGGAAAAGGAGAGACAGAGGGAGAAGGAAAAACUUGAGAAAGAAAAGCAAAAAGAGCUUGAGAGGAAAGAAUUGCAAAGGCAAAAGGAUAGGAUGAAAAAUCCUACGAUGAAUGACAUCCUUGAAAAAUGUGACAUUGACCUUAAGGUCUCCCUGAGAGUAGAGGCACCGGACAUCCAACAGUGCUUGUCAAUUUUACACAAAAUAAACGAGAUGCACAUCAGUCCUGAUGUGAUCAAGAAGUCACCAGCUAUCGUACAGACCAUCAAAAAGAUUCGUAAUUACAAGCAGAACACCAAAGUGCAAAAAUGUGCAAGUGAACUUUAUGUGAAACUAAAGGCUCUCUUCAUUCCUCGUGGCUGUGAUUCAGAAGACACCUCCUUAUCAGCCAAAAAGUCAACUCAUCCUUCUGUCACAACAUCUGCUCCAUCCCCUUCCUCGGCUGAACAGAAGUCUGAGGGGGUCUCACCAAGUGAUAGCACCCCCCCUGCAUCAGGCAACAAAGCAGCCGAUAACAAAGAGAACCACACAGAGAAUGGCACUUCUGCUUUAGAUGAUCAAAUAGAUGCAUCACAGACAAACACUAUACCACCUCUACACAGACCACACAACAGACCAAGUAAUGAUGCUCCAAAGCUGCCUCCCUUACCAAAGCUUGAAAGGUCUGAAGAGAGAGCCAAGGCUGUGAACAAUGACAGAACCCACUGGGAUAGCACAGGAUCUAGACAGCCUCGCAGUGAACCAAGGGAUGAAGCCCCUCGACUGCCUCCAUUGCAAAUACCAAGAGAACAUGAAGACAGUUCAAAAGCAGGAUUUGAUAGCAAGACUAGAAAGGAAAGAGGUCCUAGGAAAAGCCGAUUUGAACCAUUAGAUGAUUACGGUGAUAGCAGGGACCCAAACCAAGGAAGUAGAGAAAGGUCCGAGCUUAGGGAAGGACAGAGUAGCUAUAGGCCAUCACACAGGCUAGAAGAGAGAGAAGAAAACCCUGCUUUGUACAGCAAUAGGUAUGACAAGACAAAUCACUACGAAGAUAGGAAAACCAACAAUGAGACAUUGCCACCCCUGAAACAAGGUGGUUAUGUCAAAUAUGAUCCAAGUGAUUUCCGGGAGCGAUAUGCGAAAAGGGAAAUAUUUGACUAUCAGUCUCAAGCUUCUUCAGUACAGGAGCCUCCUCAAGAUGUUGCUUUCUCUGCACCUGAGGAUGCAUAUUCACCUACAGAGGAUGCAUUCCCCAGUCAGUAUGAAGGUGACUUCUUGUCACAGGAUGGUGGAGUGAGCUAUGGAGGCCAUCACAAAGAGACAAUGGAAGGUUACCCUGGAUACGUUGACAGGGAACCAAUUGAAAUGAAAAGCUCAGUUCCUAUGGAUACUGCUGUAACAGAUGACCUCACUCCAUGUGAUAUGGAAAUUUCUAGUCCAAUUUAAAACUGUGGAGAUUUGUAUAUAACCAUUUGUAUAAGUAUGUAAGACAUAUAGAAAGGCUGAGGGACUUGUGUGUUGCUACAAUUCUCAUCAAACUGUUUUUAAGUAUAGUGGACCCUUAUUUGUAAACAAAAAGAUGAUUAUACUUUAUAUUUACACUUGAAGUUCUUUUUCAGGGUAGAAAGCAAGAAAAGUAAUGGGUGUAUCUGAAAGAAUGAUGCUCCAAGAGUCAUAAGUAUGAUGAGAACUUUAUUAACACCCUAACCUAGAAGGAUCAUGCCAAAUACUAUCCUUUUUCCACUGAUCACUGUGCAUCCCCUCAACAAUCCAGGGUAUUUAGCCAGAUGUCUUUCCUCAAUUCCCACAUGCACAAUAGCUUAGACUUGACUUUUCAUGCCUGAAAGCAUAAUAAUUUCGAAAUAUAACCUUACAUACGGUAGUACACUUUAAGGCCUUUUUAAAAUGUUAAAUGAAUUCAUUUCUUUGCUUUUGUGACCUCUCCAAGAAGGUUGAUUUUUUUUUUGAGAACAUGCUUCAUGUAACAUCAGUCAUCGUGACAUACAUCUUACUUGAAUGUACAUACACAAGUUUUUAUGUAAUUUAUCUUAAUAAUUUAGGUAAGAUAGGCUGAUUCUUUCAAAGGAAACUCUUUUUAAAGUAAAAAAUGGAAAGCACUUUUUUGAGCUUUGACGAAGUAUCUAAUACCUGUAAUAAAGUGCAAAGAUAUGUUGGUAAAACAGCUGUUUUUUUAUCAAUAGAUAAAGCAUCUGAUGCAUUUUGAAUAUUAGUGACGCUUCUCUAGUGCAAAUAUUCCACUUCAAUUGAUGGAGAUUAUAGAAAUAAAAUUCUUGGACUCUUUUAAAA